CCUCCCGUUAGCCUCCUGUUAGCCUCCCGUUAGCCUCCUGUUAGCCUCCUGUUAGCUUCCUGUUAGCCUGCCGUUAGAUUUUAAAGAUGGAGACAAACGCUCCGAAGAGGAGAGACAACAAGAAGUCUCUGCGCGUGAAGGUGAUCAGUUUGGGGAACGCGGAGGUGGGAAAGAGCUGCAUCAUCAAACGUUACUGCGAGAAGAGGUUCGUCCCCAAAUACCUGGCUACGAUCGGCAUCGACUACGGCGUCACCAAAGUUCAGGUCCGCGACAGAGAAAUCAAAGUGAACAUCUUCGACAUGGCCGGCCAUCCGUUCUUCUACGAGGUGCGUAACGAGUUCUAUAAAGACAGUCAGGGCGUGCUGCUGGUGUACGACGUCGGCCUCCGCGAGAGCUUCGACGCCCUCGACAGCUGGCUCGGAGAGAUGAAACAGGAAAUGGGCUCUCAGGCCAACAUGGACAGCAUCGUGUUUGUCGUCUGCGCCAACAAGGUGGACCUGACGAAGCGACGCGUGGUGGACGAGGGGGAGGGGCGUCUGUGGGCGGAGUCCCGAGGCUUUCAUUACUUUGAGACAUCAGCGCAGAGCGGCGAGGGCAUCAAUGAAAUGUUCCAGGCCUUCUUCUCCUCCAUCACUGACAUGUGCGAGAAUGGCGGGAAGCGGCCCGUGUCCGAGGUCAGCGUGGGUUUCACCAAAGAGCAGGCCGACACCAUCCGACGCAUCCGCAACAGCAAAGACUCAUGGGACAUGCUGGGGGUCAAACCUGGAGCCACAAGGGAGGAAGUGAAUAAGGCGUACAGGAAGUUGGCGGUCCUGCUGCACCCUGAUAAGUGCGUGGCGCCGGGCUGCGAGGACGCCUUCAAGGCGGUGGUGAACGCUCGCACGUCUCUGCUGAAGAACAUCAAAUAACAGCCAGCGGAGCCGGACACAGACUGACCAAUCACAGUGUUUGUUUAUUUAUUUAUUUAUGUAUUUAUUGACGUCUCGUGUGCCAUGCUGCUCGCCACAGUGCUGUCUGCCAACGUUACCAGUUUAACCUGUUCAUCACACGCACGCUCCAAACCGGUCCUGCGGUCCUGUACGGAGGACCAUCAGUGCCCGACACGGGGAGUAUGGAGGACUGUUAGUGCCACAAGAGGAGAAAAAAUCACCUCUGAGAUUACAGUCAGAAUUCUGACAUGUUUAUAUGGUUAUGAUCAGAAAAUAUGUAUAAAUGUUUGGAUUCUGAGAAACAAAAAGUGUUUUACACAUGUUGUGUAGUCUGUGUAACUAAAGUUAAAAUUCUGAGAAUCAAGUCCACAUUUUAUUUAACUAAAAUCAAAUUUAGAAAAAAAGUCAAAUCCAGAGUUUAAAUCUCAAUUCUGAGAUUACAGUCCACAUUCUUUUAAAGUCUAAAAUGUGAGAAUAUAAAUGCGAGAGCUCAAAAUUAAAAAAAAA